AUGGCUCCUGAAACUAGAUCACGAUCGUUUGAUGACAGAUUGGAUCACACACAAGCAAAAAUUGAGGUUUUGAAGGAACAAAUGACAAAGAAAUUUCAGGAAAUCGCAUGCAAGCUAGAUGCCAUUUUUGAUAACCACAGAGAACACACGGCAACUUCAGGUUCAACAUCCAAUCACUCCAAUCUGAAAGAUAACCAAGCAGCACAUAAUUUACGUCUCAAAGUACCCAAGUUCGAUGGGUCAUGCGAUCCUCAUGAUCAGAAGCUUCGGAUUGCUCCAAUCUAUUUUGAUGGAAAAGCUCUGGCCUGGUAUCAAUGGCUAUGCAAGAACACCAAUAUUGCAUCGUGGGAAUCUUUUCUACAAGCACUUCAAGUACUAUUUGGUCCGUCAGAAUUAGAAGACUACCAAGGACAGUUAUCCAAGCUCAUGCAAAAAGGAUCUGUUCUGGAAUAUCAAGAGAAAUUUGAGACACUUUCAAAUAAGGUACAUGGCUUAUCUAAAUCCUUCUUACUUAGUUGCUUUGUAUCAGGAUUGAAACCAGUAAUUCAACAAGAAGUGGCUUCAUUUCGUCCAUCGAUAAUGACUAGAGCCAUAUCCUUAGCCAAGAUUCAAGAAGCAAAACUGUCACUCAAAGAGGUACCACCUAAACCGUACUCCCCAUACCCACCUAAAUUGCACUCUCCAUACCCACCUUUGCUACCAACUCCAAAAACCUCACUAAAUCAAUUCAAUCCUAAAACCACUACCACUGUUAAUACUACUUAUCUACCGAAACCAUAUACCCAGAAACUAACCCAAAGCCAAAUACAAGAACCUAGAGACAAAAAUCUUUGUUUUACAUGUGGUGAAAAAUAUUUCUUUGGCCACAAAUGUAAAGCCUCUGCCCAUAUUCUGAUUGUUCCAGAUGAAGAUAUUUCUCAUUGUUCUUCUGAUAUCAUAACAGAAGACCCAAACCCCAAUGUUUGCAUUGAAACUGAUUGCAGUGAAUCAAUAACACCACAAAUUAGCCUCCAUGCAUUAUCUGGGAUUAUGGUACCUCAAACACUACGCUUCCUUAGCUACAUUGGCGAAUCAAAAAUGAGCUUGCUAGUUGAUAGUGGCAGCACUCAUAACUUCUUACAACCAAAGGUAGUAUCAGCCCUCAAUUUUCCUAUGUCUUCUGAUCGAAAAUUUGAUGUCAUGGUUGGAAAUGGCCAAACCCUCAAAUGUGAAGGUUUUUGGCAAGGUGUACCUGUUCAAAUACAACAACACAUCUUCUUAGUGGUUUUUUAUGUUCUUCCAAUUCACGGGGCAGACAUGGUGUUGGGAGUUCAAUGGCUCCAAAUUCUGGGACCAGUGGUGCUAGACUAUAGCAAACUAACCAUGGAGUUUGCAUGGGCAGGAGAGACAAUCAAACUGCAAGGAGAUAAACAUGCAGGUCCUAUAUCCUUAAAUCAAUUUCGAAAAUUACAGCACAGAGGACAGGUAGCUUCUCUGUUUCAACUAACACUGUUGGAUUCGGUUAUAUCAGAACCACCUCCUGAUAAUUGUCCUGAAGUUCAACUCAUACUCUCAGAUUUUGAAGAGUUAUUCAAUGAACCGAAGGAAAUUCCACCUUAUAGAGUAUUGGAUCAUGAGAUUCAUUUACAACCACAGGUUUCUCCAAUUAAUGUGAGGCCAUAUAGAUACCCUCACUAUCAAAAUGUUGAAAUUGAAAAGCAAGUCCAACAGAUGCUUGAUUCUGGAUUCAUAAGGCUAAGCACUAGUCUUUUUUCAUCUCCAGUGCUAUCAGUUAAAAAAAAAGAUGGGACUUGGAGAUUUUGCAUUGACUAUAGAGCCUUGAAUAACAUCACCAUCAAGGAUCGCUUCCCUAUUCGAACAACAGAUGCGUUGAUGGAUGAGUUAGGUGGUUCAUAA